ACUCACUCAGUCGGACGCUGCAGAAGCCUAUAAACUGGGUUGUGGUAAACAUCUCAGAUGUUCUUCAGUGAGAGGGUUAUAAUGUACAGCUUGCUACGGUAUAGGAUGACGAUGGUUUUAUCAAGUGCAAUUUGAUAACGGCCGUCAAAUGGGAUUUUCGUAGGAAUUAAGGGCCCUGAUAUUGCUUAAAAUCGUCAGGUUGGUGAUUCCAAGGGAACCAUGUCAACACCACUGUGUCAUCUGCCCAUGUCUGCCAUUUUCUUUCUGCUUGACUCAAAACACCAACAUCCUCCACCACCUGCCAAGUAGUGAUGGUGAGAUCCUGCAGCAAAUCUAGCUAGCUGAAGGCGUGCGAGUCAACGAAACUAGCGGCCUCGAGCUCAGAAUCACAUGCCAGCAGAGCACAAGUGUUUGCGAGAUAAACAGAGGCAGUGCUGCUUACAGCAACACUGAUAAGCCAAUGCAGUAACCAUAUGCCCAUAUUUUCUCAAUAUUAUUGGGCCUGGCUUGCAGCCUGAAUCAAUUUUUUUUUUACUGGAUGAAAUGUGUAUGUUAUAGUGUAAGUGGUGUCAGAAAUUGAAUGCAGUGAUUGGACUUUUAAACCUACACUUGUGAAUUCAGCCAUCUCAACAACCACAAAACAUAAUGGCUUCGAGGGACCACGAAAAGACAGGGAGUGAACUGUCAGAACCCCUUCAAAUGGAUCAUGAGUUAUUGAGUCAGAAUCAGGACCCUGCUGGGAGUAACUUCAUGUCCAAAAGUUUGCCCACUCUGAAUGACUCAGGCCAGCAAAGCAAGGCCUUGUUGACCAAGUCUAUGCAGCAACAGGUGUCAAUAGCCGAGGACAAGAGUACUGAAUUCAUCCAACUCCCACAGAGGAUAAACCUGAACCAACCUUUACCUGAAUCCCCCACCAGGACUAAUGUUAACUAUUCCCCUUCCAGGUCUAGUGUGGUGGGGAUGAGUCGUUCAUUUAACACAGAGACGCAGGUCAGCAAACCCAGGCGUAAAAAUCCUACGAGACUACCCCUGAUGCGUUUACCCACUAGGAAAUACAUCAGUGUGAUUCUCGAAGACUCUCGCUGUUUUUUAUGCUGCAUGUGCUACCUGACAUUCAUCCAGUCACUGAUGGUGUCUGGCUACCUUAGCAGUGUCAUCACCACCAUAGAGAAGAGGUACAGCCUCCGGAGCUCUGAGUCUGGCCUGCUCGUCAGCUGCUUUGACAUAGGCAGUCUGCUGGUGGUGGUUUUCAUCAGUUACUUCGGAGGCCGAGGGCAGAGGCCCAGAUGGUUGGCCGUGGGUGCAGUGUUUAUAGCAGUCGGAGCAGCACUCUUCUCCUUGCCUCACUUCAUCUCCCCUCCGUACCAAAUCCUGGAGGUGAACUCAUCACGGGGCAAUGAAGGCCUGUGUAUGAACAACGGCAGUGGCAAGGACUUCCUGGAUUUGUCCUCCUGCCCCAGAGACCAAGAGGGUAAUGAACACAACCUGUACGUGGCCCUAUUCAUCAUAGCACAGAUCCUUGUGGGUAUGGGGUCGACGCCCAUCUACACCCUGGGUCCCACCUACCUGGACGACAACGUCAAGAAAGAGAACGCCUCACUUUAUCUUGCUGUUAUGUAUGUGAUGGGAGCCCUGGGUCCGGCUGCUGGGUACCUGCUAGGAGGAGUUCUCAUCGGCUUCUACGUCGACCCCAAGACUGUGGUCAACAUAGAUCAGAGCGACCCUCGCUUUAUUGGCAACUGGUGGAGUGGAUUCCUGCUCUGUUCUGUCGCCAUGCUGCUGGUCAUCUUCCCCAUGUUCACCUUCCCCAAGAAGCUUCCUCCCAGAAACAAAAAGAAGAAGAAGAGGAAGAGGAAAAAGAUCAGCCUGGACAACGUGUCCAGUGAUGAUGAGAUCACCAAGGAGAAGACCAAGAGCCAGACGGUUACAUCGUCCAUGGGCUUCGGGAAAGACAUCAAAGAGCUGCCUAAGGCUGCAGUGAGAAUCCUGAGUAAUGUCACCUUCCUGUUUGUGAGCCUGUCCUACACUGCGGAGAGCGCCAUCGUCACCGCUUUUAUCACCUUCAUACCCAAGUUCAUAGAGUCGCAGUUCGGCAUCCCGGCGUCCAGCGCUAGUAUCUACACAGGUGUGAUCAUCGUGCCCAGUGCUGGGGUGGGGAUAGUCCUGGGGGGUUACAUCAUUAAGAAGCUGAAGCUGGGAGCCAGAGAGUCAGCCAAGCUGGCCAUGAUCUGUAGUGGGGUGUCUCUGCUCUGCUUCUCUACUCUGUUCAUAGUGGGCUGUGAGAGCAUCAACCUAGGAGGCAUCAACAUACCAUACACCACCGGUCCUACUCUGACUAUGACCCAUCGUAACCUGACUGGAGGGUGUAACGUGAACUGUGGCUGUAAGAUCCAUGAGUACGCGCCGGUCUGUGGCUCUGAUGGCAUCACAUACUUUAACCCCUGCCUGGCAGGCUGUAGCAGUGUGGGCAACGACAGCAAAGGAAUCCGGAACUACUCGGACUGUGCGUGUGUCCAGAGCAGACAGGUCAUCACCCCCUCCUCCAACGGCCAGGGCAACCAGCUGCAGCUGGUCAUCGUCAAGACCUACCUGAAUGAGAACGGCUACGCCGUGUCUGGGAAGUGUGACCGCACCUGCAGCACACUCAUCCCCUUCCUCAUCUUCCUCUUCAUCGUCACACUCAUCACCGCCUGCGCUCAGCCCUCUGCUAUUAUCGUCACUCUCAGGUCCGUAGAAGAGCAGGAGAGACCCUUUGCACUUGGGAUGCAGUUUGUUCUCCUCAGGACCCUUGCCUAUAUCCCUACUCCCAUCUACUUUGGGGCAGUGAUCGACACAACCUGUAUGCUGUGGCAGCAGGACUGUGGCAUUCACGGCUCCUGCUGGGAGUACGAUGUCACUUCCUUCCGCUUCGUCUACUUCGGCCUGGCUGCCAGCCUUAAGUUCAUUGGCUUCAUCUUCAUCUUCCUCACCUGGUACUCCAUCAAGUACAAGGAAGAUCGUCUGGAGCGCUGGCUGAAACACCUCUCGCCCAUGGACACGGUUAGCGACCUCAUCUGCCACGCCGGGGGUCACAAGGGGCACGCCCGUACCCGCUCCUGUCCCGUAAAUAUACCACGCAACGAACCUCCCAUCAUCCCCAUCCUCAACAGGGGCCUCAGCAGCCAGAGCUGCCCGGGAAACAGCCUGAAGAGCCUGAAAUCAAUAACCCCGCCGGCCCCUCGCCCUCCCACUCGCUCUCUGGAACAGGUGUCUGCCCGUAUCUGAGGGUUGGGUGUUGUUUCCAGCCCUCCCUGCUAGCAUCAGUCUGUAAUGUGUACCUUUCUCAUUCUGGUUCUCACUUGUAUAGUAUUAUAGUGUGUACACACACACACAGGCACUGGACGUCACUUAAACAGUCAGCGGUUGGUCAACACGUAUACAGGAAGACAUUGGGAUGGAUACCUCGACUUAGCUAAUCUUCUCUUCCCUCGACCUAGUAUGUUGGUGUGCUUUUUUUUGUUUUCAUCAUGGAAGUGAAUGUGUAUUAUCCCUGCGUAUCAUUUCUUUAGAAAAUUGCAAGUAUGAUCGUGAUGAUGGUAUUAUAGGAUGGUGCUAUGUGAAAAUGACAUGAAUAAUAUCCUUCAUUGCUCAGUUUUAUUGUUAAUUCUAAGACCUCAGCAGGAUGAGGUGAUUGAGCUAAGAAGCUUGGCCGGCUAGCACAACUAAAUCCUGUACUAUGCAAGGUCUUUUUGCCCUAUUAUACAAUGGCAAGCAGUAUUAAAGGCACACAGUGAGUGUUGCCUUCCCAUACAAUGUGCAAAGGUCAUUCAGCAUUGCCCCAGACCUGCGUGUAAUGAUGACUGGUUGACUUGGAAAGGAUAUUUUUGGAACAUUUGGAAUUGGAACCUCUUCUCCUGUAUUCUGUGGUAACCUCAUAGGCAGGCCCACAAAUAAUUCCCUCGCCGUAGUUGUAGUUCAGACAGUUGGCUUGCAUCCCAAAUGGUUCCCUAAUACCUAUAUAGUGCAAUACAUUUGACAAGUGCUCAUGUCUCUGGUCAAAAGUAGUGCACUACAUGGGGAAUAGGGUGCCAUUUGGGACACCAGCUUAGUACACUCAUGAUGACCCCCCUAGUGUUGCUUCAUGUGCUACGGGCUUUACAGAACGAAGGUGUAUUUUGCUUACUGGUCUCUAAUAACUUGUUUUAGACAAAGCUCCUUAUUUAAAGCUGCAAUAUGUAACUUUUUGGGGCAUCUGAUUGGUCAUUCUGAUUGAAUGCAAGUCUAAGAAGCAGUAGAUCUGUUCUAUGUGCGCUAUUUCUAUGCUUCUCGUUUUUAAUUAUUUUUACUUUUGGUUUUGUACACCAACUGAAAAUGCAAUACUUUUGGUUAUGGAAAAUAUAUUUCACAGCAGUUUUAGAUGGUACAAUGAUUCUCUACACUACACUUUCUUGUUUUGUCACAAAUUGACAUUGGGUGAACUAUUAGAAUUUUGGCAACCAGAAAAUGGUGGAGCAAUUUCUGCAUAAUUCAUCCUUAAAUGUUUGUCCCCAAGGGCCCGUAUGGCUCAGGUCAAAAGUAGUGCACUAUAUAGGGAAUAGGGUGCCAUUUGGCACGCAUUCAAUCUUUUAACCAACCAGACCCCCUGCUGGCUCUGUGGUGGAGCAGUCCAGACCAUUGCUGCUGGUGCCAAGAGACUGUUGUGCUUCCCAUGAUCAGCUAAACCACACACACCACUCUUUCACAUAAGUUAGUGUCAGUAUUUUAGUUGCCUGUGUCAGACUUCACCUCAUUUUCGAGCAAAGCCUAGGCGUCUGAGGCUCAGUUUAGUUCAGUCUGUCUGUACCACACCAAGCAUGAGUAAAAGGUAUGGAUGUGUAAAUUAAUGCAUAUACCAGCAGGGCAACUUCUACCAUGUACUGUGUAACCGAGCCACAUUAUCAUUUUUAAACAAUACUCUUAAGGGAAUUCGUAUAAAGUCCAACUACUCAGUAUGUCUACCAUACAGCAUGUGCUACUGAACCACUGUCAGUGAUAUCAAUCAUGGCUUCUGAGGUUGUUUGUUUUGCCUUUUGGUGUAACCCUUUUUUACUAACUCAAACGAAGUCAGACUAAUUGUUUAAACAGUGCUAAGUCGCGCUUAGGGCUGUGACUUCCUAAACUCCCACAGCUCAGUAAUCAAUAAGAUUACAUGGAUGGGGGGGGGCCUGAUCCUAGAUCACCACUCCUACUUUAAGACUUGAUACAGAAGGCCCAUGAGCUGGAGGGCAACAAGAUUGUUGACACAUUCAAGUAGCUUGUGGGUGUAACAUGCAAUAUUCAAGUACAUAUUUCUGUUAGUUUUGCAGGGUGUUUGAGGACACCUGCUGGUCAGAUGUGGUAAGCAAUAUUGUUGAAAGAAAUUAAAUUUGAGUGUUUUCCAAAGUGAAAUAACUAGGCAAUUAUUUGGUGGAAUAAUCUUUAAUUUUCAGUUCAAUCUAACACUUUAAUGUUGGAAGUUUAAAUGAUGCUUUUCUAUGUACCUAUGUUAAAUUUGGGCAGUUGGGACAGCACUUACAUGAUACAAUGUGGCAGUUGGGUUAGAGUUAAUAGCAUUAAAAGCUAUGGUUUGCGUUGCCUUUGGGAUAUUAUACUGAACUAAAAUAUAAAUGCAACAAAUGAAAAUCAGAUUUAGUCACAUACUUACUUACGAGCCCUUAACCAACAAUGCAGUUCAAGAAAUAAACUCAAGUAAAAAAUAAAAUAACAUGCAACAAUUUCAAUGAUUUUACUGAGUUAAAGUUCAUAUUAGGAAAUCAGUCAACUUAAUUAAUUAUGCCCUAAUCUAUGGAUUUAACAUGACUGGACAGGGGCACAGCCAUGGGUGGGCCUGGGAGGGAAUAGGCCCACCCACUGGGGAGCCAGGCCAAUCAGAAUGAGUUUUCCCCCAUGAAAGGGCUUUAUUACAGACACAAAUACUCCUCGGUUUCAUCAGCUCCCCGGAUGGCUGGUCUCAGACUAUUCCGCAGGUGAAGAAGCCGGAUGUGGAGGUCUUGGGCUGGCGUGGUUACAUGUGGUUGUGAGGCAGGGCGGAAGUACUGCCAAAUUCUCUAAAAUGACAUUGGAGGCAUCUUAUGGUAGAGAAAUUAAUAUUCAAUUCUCUGGCAACAGCUCUGGUGGACAUUCCUGCAGUCAGCAUGUCAAUUGCACGCUCCUUUAACUUGUGAGGCCGGUUGGUCUUUUAUUGUUCCCAGCACAAGGUGCACCUGUGUAAUGAUCAUGCUGUUUAAUCAGCUUUUUGAUAUGCCACAUCUGUAAGGUGGAUGGAUUAUUUUGGCAAAGGAGAAAUGCUCACUAACAGGGAUGUAAACAAAUUUGUGCACAACAUUUGAGAGAGAAGCUUUUUGUGCAUAUGGAACAUUUCUGUGAUCUUAUUUCAGCCCAUGAAACAUGGGACCAACACUUUACAUGUUGCAUUUUGUAUUUUUGUUCAGUAUAAAAGAUGUUGCCGAUUUUAAUAUGGAAAGUUACCAUAGCUCUUUAAAACAAACUGAAUGAUUAAGUGAUUUUUAAAUGAUUAAACUGACAUUGCAAUGUUAUUCUAGAUGACCAUGUAUCUGCCAAUAGUAGUGACAGACAUAGACUAAUUGUAAUAAUUGUCAGUACUCAGUGGAAAAAUACACUAUUAAAGGAUAGAAAUCGCAAUUCUUAGUCAAACAUGUAUUCUUUCACAUGAAAUGCAGUGUAUGUAGUGCGCAUUUAGGGGCAAAUGUAUUACAUUUCUAGCUACAUUUUGAAUCAAGGAUGCUAACGUCAGUGUUAUUGAAUCCAAUGUUAGUGAAAGGCUACAUUAUGUUAUGUUUCUCAGUGCCUACUUUUCCUACUCAUUGAUUACAGUUGAGAUGGAUUAAUACGUCAGUGUUUUUAACCUUUUAUGACAUUUUUAUUUGGAGAUUCUGAAAUGCUCUUGACUUCAAGUAAUGACACUAAAUGAUAUGACUGACUGACUGAAGAAUUUAACUCUAGGACUUUUUGUUUACUUGCUGCCAUCAAUAGACCUUUUCACCCUGUACCUACAGUACCAGGAUGUUUGCUGCAGAAUUCCGGUAAUCUUGUGAUACUCACCCUCAAACCUACUGUUCCUCUGGAGCGAAGAGCUCUAGCUUACCUCCUUGUGUAGUGCUGUCAUUUUAUGUGGCAUAAAACGAGGACUUGACCUGGAUGCUACGAUAAAGACUUUCAGGUAGAUUGUAGUUGUAUCUUCUUUGUCAGUAUUGUAUUUAUUUCAAUUCAAAUUAGUGUUUAAUGACAAGUUGAUGCCUCAGUUAUAUGGUCAACAUCAUCAUAGGAAGAAAAAUGUCAAUUGUUUGCGGACACACUGUUUACAAAUGCCUUGGAUACUUGACCUCUGUCAAUAAAAAUGUGAAAAAUAAACAAA